AGGGCUUGUCCCGCUUCCCCGACUCCCGCGAGGCCCCGGGGCCGCCGGGACGGCGGGAUCGAGCUCCUCCGAAAGAGGAAAGGACGUAGGGAACCGGGCUGUGAUAGAAGUGGGUUUUUCUGGCGUGGGGCCUCCGCGGUGAUGAACCCCGCUGCAGGGCAGAGCCAGGUAGCUGCUCCUCCCGCACGGGCCCGAUCCAGAGCCCGCAGCACCGGCGUAGCCCCAGGCUGAGGUUUGCAGCGGGCAGAGGCGAAGGGACCGCGGAGGAAGGAGCCUGGGAGGAAGCCCCGAUGCAAGAGAAAAGCGGAGAGACCCUCAGGGGCUGCCAGAGCUGAGCUGCACUUUCUGCUUGAAAAACUUUGACUAGCAGGAAAAAAAAAUGAGAAAAAAGUGCCCCGAUGCGGGGAAGAGAAAGAUCCCGCUGUGCGCGGGGAAGUGCUUGCUCCUGCCGGCAGGCCGGGCCGGGGUCAGCGCCGAGGAGCGCACGCUUGUUCCUUUAGGGGCUGCAACGUGUAAUUUAGCUUGUCACGGAGGAAUGUGCUCAAUGCCUUUAUUUAAUCAGGAGGUCACAAACCUGCUCGGGUGCCUCGUCUCCCUUUCUCCCUUCCCUUCCCUUCCCAGCCGGGGGGGAGAGGGAACACGGUGCUUUUGUCUCCGGCCCGGUGGCUGCUGUCAGAGGAAUGGAUUUAGCGGCAGCUCCGUUCGCAUGACUGGUUUGAGCUAUGCCAGGGGACACGCCGCGGCGGCAGAGCAAUCCCAGCUCCCUCCCAAACUCGGCUGCAUCGGAUAUUUUCCAUAAACCUCGAGGCUUGCUGGAAACGUGGACCUGAGGGUGCUGGCACGUUCUUGGGAACGGGAAAUGCCGCGUGGAUGCGGCCCGUUAAGGGGCUAAACCCAACCAAAUCGCUCCAGCUCUGUGGAGGGACUACGUCUGGCCAUGGCUCUGCUGCGACUGGCAGGUCCUGGGCUGCAGGAACACCUCUCCCUCCCCAAAAAUGCCCCAGGGAAGCACGGCCGUCAGCGUUGACACCGUUUGCCUCUUUGCCCUUGGGUGUGGACGCAGAGAAACCUGGAAAAAACCCAUCACCGCCUUCUUUGGAAAGAAGGAAAUUGCGUGUGGAAGUGAACUUGUGUGCUGACUCCAGAGGAAUUUCGGCUGUUCCCCAGGGGGUUGCGAGCGCUGUUUGGGUCACAUCCCGGCUCUGAUCCCGGACUCGCCUUUGGGAGCGGGAUUCCUCGGCACGGAGCCGCUGGCAUUUGAGGAAUGAGCGAUGCUCCCUGCAGAAAGCCCAGCGAACCGAGCGGGCGUGUGGCAUGGCUGUGUACGUUUUAGCAGAAGCUGCAGAAUUCCCCUGCUGAAACGGAGAAAUUCCCCGGGAGCAGAAACAAGCCCUACGGAUCGUCUUUGGCACAAACAGGCUGGGGAAAGCUUUGAGAAGGAGCUGACAGAUUUAACCGCCCGGCUUUCAUUAUCGGGCAGGGAAAGCUCAGGGGCUAAAACCCUCUGCUUAUCUCGAGCCGAAACCUGCAGACCUGCUUUGUGUGGAUACUCUCGCCAGGGACCCGGGGGACUCCGGGAACAAGUGUUGUGGCUGUGACUGAGGGUUAGGAAGCCCGUGGAGGUGGUGUCACGUUAUACCCUCGUGUUUCCCUUAUAAUCAGGGACCCAAAGUCAGCAGAAAGCCCACCUGAGUGCUCGGGAGCGGAGGUGCCCAUCCGUGACCUGGGAUGGAGGAUGGAGAAACAUCUUCCUCUCUCUCUCAUCUCUCAUGAAGGGCAGUUCUUGAGUCCGACCCAAGCGGUCGUGACUCGGGAGGGCAAAAGCUUCAGCCCCAUCAUGACCUCGAAGUGGCUGAGCUGAAGUCACGGUAGGGCAUCUCGAUGGCUUUAGCUAGACCCGGUGGUCCUCAGGCCGAGGACGUGUCAGCGGAGAGCCUGCAGGUAGACUGAGCGCCCGGGGGGACGCCCGGCCGGGAUUUCCUUCCGCAGAACUGCUUCUGACACCGGUGCUGGAUAAACCGGGCGUUGUCCCUUGCCUUCUUCCCCAGCAAACGUUAAGGGCCGGGUCCAGGAGCCAUGGGAAGCAAUAGGAAUCUUUCCAGUGUGGGCUUUGGAUCGUCGUCCGGAUAAACAAACAGAAGGAAAUAACAAAAAACAUGGUUCGAACACAUAUUUCAGAAAGCACGAAUGUCUGCCUCUUGCUGCGACUCCAUCCAAACCCCACAAAGGAAAAAACUUCCCUAUUUCCAUGAUGCUUUUCCGCCUGCCUUUCCCCAGCGAUUGGGAGUGUUAAUGCAGGCACCUCGGCUCGAGAGCACGGCUGGCCCGCAAGAAACCUUGCACGGGAUUUCUCGGGGGGGUUGUAGGGUUUCGGCGGAGCUGGCCAUGAUGCUAUGGUUGGUGGUCGGCGCCCUCCUCCCAGCGCUGCUCCUGGCCGCGCCGCCCCCCAUAAACAAGCUCGCCCUCUUCCCGGACAAGAGCGCUUGGUGCGAGGCGAAGAACAUCACCCAGAUCGUGGGGCACAGCGGCUGCGAGUCCAAGUCCAUCCAGAACAGGGCCUGCCUGGGACAGUGUUUCAGCUACAGCGUCCCCAACACCUUCCCUCAGUCCACGGAGUCCCUGGUCCACUGCGACUCCUGCAUGCCAGCCCAGUCCAUGUGGGAGAUCGUGACGCUGGACUGCCCGGGCAACGACGAGAUCCCCCGGGUUGACAAGCUGGUGGAGAAGAUACUUCACUGCAGCUGCCAGGCUUGCGGGAAGGAGCCGAGCCACGAGGGAGCCCUCUUCAACGUCUACCUGAACGCGGAGGAGAACAUGCCCGCCGAGGGCCCCGGCCCCCACCACUACGCCCACCAUCAACAGGAGGUGGAAGAGCCUCCGGCCUCCAGCCACCACCACCACGAGGAGGAGGGCGACGAGUGACCCGGCCCUCGGGGACUGUCCUUGCAGCCGGCAGCGGUGCGCGCGAGGGAGAGGGCCGGGGCUGGGGAGGGAGGGGGGCGGCGGCGGCUUUCCUUGUCUCGUAGCUACCCUGGCGCUUUGCUCUCCGCGGCGCCCCUUCGGUGGCACGGGCAGGGCUGGGGUGCGGACGUGGGGCUGGAGCUGCGGGGCGAAGAGAGGAAGGCUCGGGGGUUUCUGAAGCAAAACUACUUGCACAUAAUAGUAAUAAUAUAUUGAGAGAAGCGGGAGCCUGGGCAGAGGGAGCCGUGGCUGAGAGCAAGAGCGGAGCUGGGCUCCCUGGGGGCUGUCUGCAGGCUCCUGGACGUGCUGUGGGGUCCUUGCUGAGUCCUUCUGGGUUUUCCUCCUGUAAACGGCUCUUGCUUGGGGUGGGGGAAGGAAGGACGCAGCCUCCCCACGCUCCCGGAGGAGAUGCACCUUUCUCCCGGGGCGUGCGGAGGGCUGGGACAUCCCUUCUUCGUCCCACCUCCCCUGCCCGCCUGGGGCCGUGCGGGCUCAGCAUGGACGCGCGGUUCCUCCUAGCACUUGCUGGAUCCUGAUCCAUCCCCAAACCCCUCGUAUUCGGUAGCUCUUAGGGAGUAUUUUGCCCCCGAAGCGCCUCCGGGGCUGCGCGCGUGGAGGCUGCCGGGGUUGGCUGGUCCUCGGAGCCGCGGCAUCGCGUGCCGGGGACGCCUCGCCCCGGCUCUCCGCCGCUCGGCCACGGCCCUGGGGACGAGGGAGCCGGAUGGUGCCGGGGCUCCGCGGCUCGUAGCCCCUCUCCCCCCUCUCCCUGCUGCACUUUAAACCGUGGUGGAGGGAGAAGGGGGACGGUCCCGGGAGGCGGCUUCGCGGGCGACCGCUCCGGCCCCCGCUGCUCACGCGGGGCCGGGGUGGCCGGGGCGAGGGACGGCCCCAGGCCCCUUCUCUCUGCUGUAUAAAGCUGAUUUCUUUGGCGCUGUCCUGCCAAGAGCUUCCGGAGCUUGUAAUCGAUGCCCGCCCCCCUCCCCCUCCUUUUUACAGGUUUUUCUUAAAUAAAUUAGUUCUGACUUCCA